AUGGCCGGACCGGGGGCGGUGCCCCACGUCUGGGGGUGGCUGAUGCUCGGCAGCUGCCUCCUUGCCGGAGCCCAGCUGGAUUCUGAUGGCACCAUUACUAUAGAGGAGCAGAUUGUCCUUGUGCUGAAAGCCAAAGUACAGUGUGAACUCAACAUCACUGCUCAGCUCCAGGAGGGAGAGGGAAAUUGUUUCCCAGAAUGGGAUGGACUAAUUUGUUGGCCCAGAGGAACAGUGGGGAAGAUAUCGGCUGUCCCAUGCCCUUCUUACAUUUAUGACUUUAAUCAUAAAGGAGUUGCUUUCCGACAUUGUAACCCCAACGGAACAUGGGAUUUUAUGCACAGUUUAAAUAAAACUUGGGCCAAUUAUUCAGACUGCCUUCGCUUCCUGCAACCAGAUAUCAGCAUAGGAAAGCAAGAAUUCUUUGAACGCCUCUAUGUCAUGUACACCGUUGGAUACUCCAUAUCCUUCGGUUCCCUGGCUGUGGCUAUUCUUAUCAUUGGUUAUUUCAGGCGAUUGCAUUGCACCAGGAACUAUAUCCACAUACACUUGUUUGUGUCUUUCAUGCUGAGAGCUGCAAGCAUCUUCGUCAAGGACAGAGUGGUCCAUGCUCGCAUAGGAGAAAAGGAGCUACAGUCCAUGAUCAUGCAGGGUGACCUGCAAAAUUCCAUAGAAGUACCUUCUCUAGACAAGUCACAAUAUAUUGGCUGCAAGAUUGCUGUCGUGAUGUUUAUUUACUUCUUGGCUACGAAUUAUUAUUGGAUCCUGGUGGAAGGUCUCUACCUGCAUAGUCUAAUCUUUGUGGCUUUCUUUUCGGACACCAAAUAUCUGUGGGGCUUCACCUUGGUAGGCUGGGGAUUUCCAGCAGCAUUUGUUGCAGCCUGGGCUGUGGCACGAGCAACUCUAGCUGAUGCAAGGUGCUGGGAACUUAGUGCUGGAGACAUCAAGUGGAUUUAUCAAGCUCCAAUCCUAGCAGCGAUAGGGCUGAAUUUUAUUCUCUUUCUGAAUACAGUUAGAGUUCUGGCUACCAAAAUUUGGGAGACCAAUGCAAUUGGGUGUGACACCAGAAAGCAAUACAGGAAACUCGCCAAAUCCACGCUGGUGCUGGUCCUGGUCUUCGGUGUGCAUUACAUCGUGUUCGUGUGCCUACCCCACUCCUUCCCUGGGCUAGGCUGGGAGAUCCGCAUGCACUGUGAGCUCUUCUUCAACUCCUUCCAGGGUUUCUUUGUGUCUAUCAUCUACUGCUACUGCAAUGGAGAGGUUCAGUCUGAGAUGAAGAAGAUGUGGAGUAAAUGGGAUCUAUCCAUUGACUGGAAAAGGGCGCCCCCAUGUGGGAGCCGCAGGUACGGCUCAGUGCUCACCACCAUGACUCACAGCACCAGCAGCCAGUCACAGAGGGCGGCCAGCACUCACAUGGUGCUCAUCUCCGGCAAAGUGGCCAAGACUGUCAGCAGACAGCCCGACAGCCUUGUGACUUUACCUGGCUACGUCUGGAGUAACUCAGAGCAGGAGUGCCUGCCACCCUCGAUCCAUGAGGAGGCCCAGGAAGGUAAUGGAAACCAGGGAGAUGAUAUUCCAAUGAAGGAGUCUUCCAGGCCAUUGGACUUUAGCCCGGAUGCUGAAGGAAGCAAAGGAGAAAUGGAGGAUGCUCUCUGAAUCACCAUCUGUGAUUUCACGGGUGGUCGGUCUGGUUAUAUAAAAGAAGCUUGGCCCACAUUCCUGUGCUUGAGCCCUUGGGCUGUAAAUUCAGAGUUAAAGUGUUACUUAAAAGUCUUCAGGCUUUGCAAAUUGGCUCCUAUAAAUACUAAACUCACAAAAGGAGAGGUGUCAGUGGAGUAGUUUAAUUAUCUUAUUUUGACAUCAAAUCUCUCCCAAACUUAUUUGUGGAUACUUGCUAUGUGAUUGUUCAUUUUCCUGCAAGUUUUGAAAAGACAAGUUUCCUUUGAUUAGAUCUAGCUUUCUCUCACAAACACCACCCUCAAUAUGAUAGAGAUAAUUUAUUGUGUGUCAUUUUCCUUUUAAGGAAUUAAUACUAUCUUUUUAUUUUUCUCACUUAAAUGUACAAAGAUGGUGCAGGACCAGGUAACGUUUUGUUCUGUUAUACGUAAGUUCUCAGUGAGUUGGAGCUGACUCAAAGGCGACUCAUAACAACAGCAAUCAUUGCAUUUAUUUUGCAAUGCGAAGGAGCAAUUAGGGUCUGAAAAAUGUAUGUUGAAAGGUUAAAGAUCUAAGAAGAAAUACACAUUGGAAAAUAAGUUGGCUGACCUUUGAUAAAAUAAAAAUUUAUGACAAUGAAAAUUGUUUCUUUCUGGGAAUAAAGAGAAUUACUCAAAAAAGAAUAUUGCACACAUAUCCCUCCUUUUGAAUGUCCCCUCUGUGACCAGACAGACCUCAGGUCUUCCCUCUCUUCUGUAAAUCGUGACAUGCUGCAAGUUUUUCAAUCAGUGGGCUUGUGUUAUAAACUGAUUUUCCUUAUGAUCACUUGUAUUGAUAGUAAAUCACACCCCAUCUAUGUCCUUUUCGUCUUUGUUCUAUUACUGUGUUGCAAAUGGCAUGUGAGAUAAAUUAAAGGUUUGUUUUAAAAGUAUAUUUUAGGUGACUUUCUUCAAGUUUCUUUCAGUAUCUCAUUUUAUUUUUCAGAACUAAUUAAACUUACCCUAUCUCCAUUUUUUUUUUAUCUCCAAAUCUACAAACAUCAGAAUUUAGCUUCUGUACUUUUUUUGAAUUUGAAAUAUCAGUAGGUUGCAGUAGUGAAAACAGUUUUUGGAAUGCAG